AUGAGGACUAUUUCCCUUGUAUUGCUGCUUGGUGUGGUGGCCAUUUUGUUUUGUCCUGUCACAUCGAACACACAUGAUGAUGUAAAGGCCCUGCUCACAAACAUCUUCACAACCAACUCGUACAACAAGAUGGUUCGUCCUUCUGCAGACCAGUCACUUCCUACUGUUAUGUACGUGAAUUUGAAUCUAGUUGGAAUAACCGACAUCGACGAGGUUCAAGAAAAAAUGUCUUCCACGGCAUUCUUGGAGCUAUAUUGGAUAAACGACUACAUCAAUUGGGACCCGUCUGCUGAUAACGAUACUGAGGUCAUAUACGUACCACAGAAAAAUAUAUGGAAACCGGAUAUUGCUUUGGAAAAUGGUUUUACAAAACUGAAGGAGCUUGGGGAUGACUUUUUACUGACUACAAUAUAUGCCGAAGGCCUAGUCAAUUGGCGUCCGUACGAGGUGUUUGAGACGAAAUGUUCGAUUAAUAUACAAUAUUUCCCUUUUGACAAACAAACAUGCGACAUCAAAUUUGGUGUUUGGACUAGCCCGCUGAGUGACGUUGACGUCGAGCUAGGGAGUAAAGGUAUCUUACUUGAUGAGUAUCAGACCAAUGGCGAAUGGGAUCUCCUAACAACGUCUGCCAAAUCUUCAGAAUCACAGCAGGAGGGAGCUAUUGUUACAUUCUCUAUCACGGUAAAGAGGAAACCUCAGUACAUUCUUUACAAUGUCGUGCUUCCCAUCAUAAUGUUGUCACUGCUGUCUGUGUUCGUUUUUGCCUUACCUGUUGAUAGUGGUGAGAAGAUGGGCUAUAUCAUGACGUUAUAUUUGGCGUUCGCUGUCUUUCUAACAAUUGUAAGUGCGUCACUUCCAGUUAGUUCUUCGAUGUCGCUAUUAAGUUUGUAUCUUAUAUUACUCCUGUCUUUGGGCACUGCAAUUGUCAUGAUCACUACUUUGGAGCUUCGACUUCACUAUCGUGAUACUGAAGUACCCAUGUUAGCAAAAAUGAUCGUUCGCUUAAGCAAAGCGUUGCGGUGCCACAAGUCGAAUAAGAAAGUUCAGGACCUGAGUAAAAUUGAGGCUACCGUUUCGAAUGGCAAAGGAAAAAUGGGAAAAUCCCCGUUGGAAGACCAAGCAAAGCUUUCGCCUGUGAAACCGUUCGUAGAACUGGAGUUGACUUGGCCGGAUGUGACGUCAGCGAUUGACUUCUUCUGUUUCUGGUUUUUCUUGGUGGCAAAUAUUGUGAUAACGGAUAGUGUAUUUGUUGAUGGCUUUUUCAAGAGUAAGUCUUGA